AUGGCCGCCGCGAACGAAACCAAGAACGAGAAGCUUGACAUCAGCCCGGCUGCGCCGGGCAGUGACGGCGCAGAGGCAGCUUCGAUGAAGGAAGCUGAACUGGAGAGCCAUGAGGUCUUCCUGAAGACGGAAGACGGCGUUGACUUCCGAAACGUGAGCUGGCCUCGUGCAACGAUAAUUUUCCUCAAGAUCAUCUUUGCAACUGGCGUUCUUUCGAUCCCUACAGCCAUGUAUACUUUGGGUGCCCUUGGAGGAGCCUUGUCCGUGGUAGGAUGGUCGUUCAUGAACACAUACACAGCCGUGAUUCAGGGCAACUUCAAGACCAGGCACCCCGAAUGUCACUCCUUGGCCGAUAUGGGAUACACGGUCGGAGGAGCGUGGUUCCGGGAAGUCAUCGGAAUACUAUAUCUGGUCGCCUAUAUCCUCUGUACGGGAAGCGGCAUCGUCGGUUUGUCUGUGGCAUUCAAUGCCCUGUCGGACCACGCAGCCUGUACCGUCUGGUGGGGUUUCCUCUCCUUUGUUAUCAUCACAGCCGCUGCCUCGAUUCGAACGCUGCGAAACAUUGGAUGGCUCACCUGGGUCGGCUUCUUCUCCAUUUUCAUCGCCAUCUUGGUCGUAGUCAUCGGGGUAACGACAUUGGACCGGCCAGCUGCCGCGCCUCAAGAGGGUGACUUCGAGCUGGGAUACCAUGUGAUCGCUUACCCGACGUUCGCGGCGGGCAUGACUGCUACUGCGACAAUUUUCGUCUCAACAGCUGGCACCUCUGCUUUCCUUCCUGUCAUCUCAGAGAUGAGAAACCCCCGGGAAUACAAGAAAGCGUUGUAUAUCUGUAUGUCGCUGGUCCUCGCCAUGUACCUGUCCUUCUCCUUGGUUGUCUACAGAUGGUGCGGUGGUUGGGUGACAAACCCAUCUCUGGGUAGCGCUGGCGGCACGAUCAAGAAGGUGUCCUACGGCAUCGCGCUGAUCGGGCUGGCUGUAAGCGGUUGUCUUUACCAGCACGUCGCAGCAAAGUAUCUGUUCGUGCGUAUCCUGAGAGGCACCAAGCACCUUCAGUCAAACACAGUCACGCACUGGGUGACUUGGCUUGGUUGCACAAUCAGCCUUGGCGUGGUCGCGUUCAUUUUGGCAGAGGCGAUUGCAAUCUUCAAUUACCUCAUUGCUUUAACGGGAGCCGUCUGCUUUGCGCCGAUGGCCAUCACGAUUCCAGGCAUCUUGUGGCUGCACGACUUCUCGGAGUAUAGGCGAGGCAGUGCCUGGCAGAAGGCUCAGUACUACUUCCAUUGGUUCCUGGUGCUUCUCGGAGCCUUCAUUUGUGUUGGCGGAACUUACUCAACCAUUCUAUCAAUUAAAAACGCUUACGAUUCGGGUGUGAUUGGCUCUGCCUUCAGCUGUGCAGAUAAUUCUGCCACGACUCAUUAA